AUGAGUAGCGGCAUCGAUUACAAGACUGUUAAGAUUAACAAAAUAAUUGAAAUGUUCUUUCACAUAAAAAUGAUCCGAAGAAACACGCUGAGGAACGUCGAGAUUUGCGUACUGCUUUGCAUUUUCGCUGUAAGUUUCUACACAUUCGCGCGCACGAACCGAGAGCCGACGCCUCACGAGUUAAUAUUUCAAAAUAAACUCGUCAAUAUAUCUUGUCAUUACGAUGAUGAAGACAAUGCGUUGCCGACAUUCGAGCCGAAUUUUAAGCCGGGGGACAAUUCUAUCUUCUUCCACGAAACAAGCUGUAAAGGCACGCUGAACUCGCGGCAGAUGUGUGCUAUAGAGUCCGCAGCAAGACUUCAUAGAGACAGGCUGCGUAUAAAAGAAUACGCAGCCCGUACCCCUCUAGAACCCUUCAUAGAGAAAGGGACCCUGGUGAACAGCAGCUGGGGCAUCGAAAACACAUCGAAUGCCUUGAGAUUUUUAACCCUGUACAAGUGGAAUGGAAUAUAUUUGGACACUGAUGUCGUGGUGGUGAAGUCUUUCGAUUCUUUGGGGGGCAAUUGGGUAGGAAAGGAAGAUUUUGAACAGUUAAAUUCAGCGGCGAUCGCUUUAGAUGAUUAUACCCAGGGCCGUCAGUUAGCAAAAAUGUUUCUUUCAGAAAUCGUGAAUAAUUACAAUAGUAAUAUUUGGGUCCACAAUGGUCCAGGAGUUGUAACAAGAGUUUUAUCCAGAUAUUGCCGUACUAAAUAUAUUAGCUUAAUGACACUUGCGAAAUGCCAGGGUUUUAGCGUGCUAGAUACAAAAUACUUGUACCCUAUUCAUUACAAGUACAGAAAGCGGUACUUCCGUCCAGGUAAAAUUGAAGACACACCCGAUGCAUAUAUGCAUCACAUAUGGAACAGGUUGACUCAUCAUUUGCCAGUUCCUAAGGAUUCUCUUUAUGCUGAAUUAGCUAAGAAAUAUUGCCCAUCAGUGUAUGAACUAUAUGGUGACGAAUUUGGUAUUUAA